CUGGCCGCAGGUGAAAGCUAGUUGGGCGGGCUGCAGCUCUCUAACACACCGGAGGUAACUUGUCGACUUUUCGCCGACUCAUUCCUAACGCUGUCUAAAUUCUUUCACCGGCGUGCAUUUUUAAGCUUAUGUUUCCAGCAGUGGAAUGACACGGCGUUGAGCUGCUGUAAUGAGAUCCUCUGUACUACAUGUAGGAUCCUUCUGCGCUCUGCUUUUGCUGCUGCGGGAGCCUGCAUGCCGAGGUGAUGAGGUGACUCCCAGCACAGGUAGGCCAGUGAACCCGUGCUGUUACCUACCCUGUCAGCACUGGGGAGUGUGUGUACGAUACAGCGAGGACCAGUAUGAGUGUGACUGCACCCGCACAGGUUACUAUGGCGAGAACUGCACCAUCCCGGAGUUCUGGACUCGUGUGCGUGACUUCCUGAAGCCCGGUCCGCAUGUGGUGCACUACAUUCUCACCCACUUCCACUGGAUGUGGGACGUCAUCAACUACACUUUCCUCCGGGACGUUCUGAUGCGGCUUGUCCUGACAGUGAGGUCCAAUUUAAUUCCCCACCCUCCGACCUUCAACUCAAAAUAUGGUUACCUCAGCUGGGAGUCCUACUAUAAUCUGAGCUACUACACGCGGAUUCUCCCACCUGUGCCAGAAGACUGCCCUACACCUCUAGGGGUCAAAGGCAAAGAUGGGCUGCCCGACCCUGAGCUGCUGGUGGAGAGCCUCUUGAAGAGAAGAACUUUCAGGCCCGACCCGCAGGGCUCCAACCUCAUGUUUGCUUUCUUUGCACAGCACUUCACCCACCAGUUCUUUAAGACCUACAAUCGUAUGGGACUGGGCUUCACGAAGGCUCUGGCACAUGGGGUGGACGCAGGGCACGUGUACGGAGACAACCUGCAGCGUCAGUUAAAGCUCAGACUUUUCAAAGACGGGAAACUUAAAUAUCAGUUGAUUGAUGGAGAGAUGUACCCUCCCUCUGUAGCUGAAGCCCCUGUCAGGAUGAGCUACCCCCCGGCCGUUGCUCCUGAGGAUCAGAUUGCUAUCGGUCAGGAGGUGUUUGGACUCCUGCCCGGUUUGGGAUUGUACGCUACGCUGUGGCUGAGGGAGCACAACCGAGUGUGUGACGUGCUCAAAGUGGAGCAUCCCACCUGGGAUGACGAGCAGCUGUUCCAGACCACACGGCUCAUCGUUAUUGGUGAGACCAUCCGAAUAGUGAUAGAAGAAUACGUGCAGCAUCUCAGCGGCUACCUGCUGCAGUUGAAGUUCGAUCCCACCCUGCUGUUCCACACCGACUUCCAGUACGGAAACCGCAUCGCUCUGGAGUUCAGCCAGCUCUAUCACUGGCACUCCUUGAUGCCAGACAGCUUCCUCAUCGACGGCGACGAGCUCACCUACCCACAGUUCAUCUUCAACACUUCAGUGCUAACACGCUACGGCGUGGAGAAGCUGGUAGACGCCUUUUCUCGGCAAGUGGCCGGCCAGAUAGGCGGGGGCCAUAACAUCAACCCUGUGGUGACGUCAGUCGCCGUGGGAGCCAUAAAGGAGUCGCGACAGCUCCGCAUGCAGCCCUUCAACGAGUACCGCAAACGCUUUAACCUCAAGCCGUACACUUCCUUUGGAGAGUUCACCGAUAAUGAGGAAGUAGCACUCACUCUCAAGGAGCUCUAUGGUGACAUUGACGCUCUUGAAUUUUACCCUGGUAUGAUGCUGGAGAAGACCCGUCCGAGUUCUAUAUUUGGAGAGAGCAUGGUGGAGAUGGGAGCGCCCUUCUCCCUCAAAGGCCUCCUGGGCAACCCCAUUUGUUCCCCCGAGUACUGGAAGCCCAGCACGUUUGGGGGCCACGUGGGCUUUGACAUUGUAAACUCCGCCACCUUGAAGAAACUCGUGUGUCUCAACUCUAGGACGUGCCCGUACGUGGCGUUCAGAGUGCCACAAAGCGCGAAAGACGACUUCAGGACUGAUGAGCUACACACGGUGGGUGAAACAGUUGCCAUGACAACCUUAGAUGACAAAAUCUUGGGAGAGAAGCUGCAGUACUACUACAGCAGCAGUGAGGACGAAGGCAGCGAUAACGACGACGACGAAAGGGAGGGAAAGACCAUCCGCGACGCCGCCGUCAACGAGCCGGAGUUGGACUACAGUCCUGAUGGCAGUGCGGUCAACACAGGUCCAAAGGGUGUGAUCAAUGACUGGAGGAAGUACAAGCAGCUGGAGGUGGAGCAGAAGCAGGAGCAGAAGAAGGAGAUGGAACGUCUGAUCAAGAAGCUUUCCAUGACCUGCCGCUCGGACCUGGACCUGGAAAAAGACAAGGAGAAGCAGAAGGAGCUGCAGGAGAAGAUUAAAGGCAAAAUGACCAUGCAGGAGUACAACAUGCUCCAGGAGGAAGAGGACGACGAGGACUUCCUCCAGCAUUACCGCAUGCAGCGCAUCGAGGAGAUGCGACGGCAGCUGUGCCGAGGCAAGCGCUUCGAACGCGUCCACGAGCUCACGAGCGGCGAGGACUUCCUGGAGGCUUUGGACAAGGAGGACAAAAGCACGCUGGUCGUGAUCCACAUCUACGAGCCCGACGUGCCGGGUUGCGAGGCCAUGAGCGGCAGCCUGAUGUGUCUGGCGCAGGAGUACCCUCUGGUCAAGUUCUGCAGCGUGCGCAGCUCGGCCAUCAGCACCAGCGCGCUCUUCAGGGACAGCGCUCUGCCCGCCCUGCUGGUUUACAAGGGGGGAGACCUGAUCGGCAACUUUGUGAGGCUCACCGACCAGCUGGGAGAGGAUUUCUUCGCCGUGGACGUGGAGGCUCUGCUGCAGGAGUACGGCAUGUUGCCCGAAAAGCCGCCGGUCAUCCCGAAGACGAUCCGCAACGGAGCCAUCAUUCAGAGCAAUCAGAGCGACGAGGACUCUGACCUUGACAUAGACUAGAUCCACGAUUUGUCUUUGUUGUACAUGCUUGGAAAACACACCUAGACAUCCCACAUGGACUCUUUCGAUGUACAGGUGGUCCUCGGGUUACGAACAAGUUCCGGUCCUAGACUGUGACAGAACUUGUACCGAAAUUAGUCACUCACACAAUUUUUCUACACGCAAAACAUUGAAAAUAAAAUCAGACACCACUCAUUCCACAUGUACGUUGGCUAGUUGUUGUUAUGCAUAGUAAUUUGUGUUUUAUGUCUAUUUAUUAUUAGUGUUUAAAAAUAAAACAAAAUCAACGCCUCCCCCUUUUAUUAUCAUAAUAUUUAAUGGUAUUCAAAAAUAGGAAGCCUUCAACCCAGAUGGACCUUAUUAGAUUUUUUCCAACUUUUAUAUGUGCUGCUACAUUUUAGUUGUUGUUGAAAAAAAGUCAAUAAAUCUA